GUAGACAACAAGGGACAGCUCCCUCCCUCCGAUAUAUACGAGGGUCAGACGGAGGAGCCUCAUCCUCCUCGCCGUUCUCCACCCCCCCAAUCCGCCCGCCGUCCGUCGCGAUCCGUCCACCCCGACCCACCGCCCAACCAACCCAAACCCAAAAGCCCAUCCACCCGGACCGGGCCAGGCAGCGACGACCGGGGACGAGGAGGGAGGCGGCGGAUCGAGGGACGGAUGGGCGGCGGGCACUAGGACGGCGGCGAGACGCGGCGGGAGGAGGGCUACGACGAGGGCGGCGCCACCACCAACAUGUCUGCGGUAGUCUGCGGCAAGAGGUCCUCCUCCAUCUUCGCGGACGACCUGCUGCUCCAACAGGCCUCCUCCUCCCCUCCUUCCCACCACAGCCCCGCCGCCAAGCGCUCCCGCUACGCGCACCACCACCACCGCCGGGACGCGCUCCUCGGCCAGCUCCGGGCCGCCUUCCCAGCCAUGGAUCCCCAGCUGCUUGAGAGGGCCCUUGAAGCGUCUGGAGAUGAUUUGGAUGAUGCAAUCAAGAGUUUGAAGGAGCUGCACCUCAUGGAGUCAAAUCAGGCUAACCCGUCGGCCACUGGUUCCACAUUUGAAAAUGGGCCGACAGCAGUCCAGCCAUCUGUUGAAGGUAUUGUUGCCAGCAGCGGUGUGGACACAGCUACUCAACACCAACCUGCCGCAGAUAGCCAUCAGCCAAGUAACAGUGGCCCUGAAUGGGUCGAUCUUUUUGUGAGAGAGAUGUCAAAUGCUUCUGACAUGGACGAUGCACGGGCCCGUGCAUCAAGAGCUCUGGAAGCCUUGACGAAGUCCAUACUGGAGGGUGCAGGAGCUGAAGCAGCGCAGAGCUUGCAUCAGGAGAACAUGAUGCUCAAGGAGCAGAUGACGGCCGUCCUGUCGCAGAACGCGGUCCUGAAGCGCGCGGUGGCAAUCCAGCAUGAGCGACAGAAGGAGUUCGACGAGCGCAGCCACGAGGUGCAGGGCCUGAAGCAGCUCGUCCUGCAGUACCAGGAGCAGCUGAGGACUCUUGAGAUCAACAACUACGCGCUGCAGAUGCAUCUGAAGCAGGCCCAGCAGAGCAGCUCCAUGCCCGGGCGCUACAACCCGGACGUCUUCUAGUUUGGCUUCAGGCUGAUGUUGAUGAGCCCUGGCCCUUGGGGAUUGAGAGUUGAGACUAGUGGUACUCUGCCGUAUGAUGGUGAAGAUGACUAGAAAAUGUUGUUGCCUGGGAUUCAGACUAGUUGGGUGGAUGUUGGUUUGCUGACCACCUGUUGGCCGUGGGAUGGGGCGCAAGGCUCCCAUGUAGAUGAUAUGUUGGUUCAAACCUGUUGCGUUUAAACGUUUUCGUAUUUAAUAUAUACACAAAACAAUCCAGAUUCUUUGCA